UGAGACUGAGACCCUUUCUAUUCACCCAGUGCUGUGUUUUGUUUUCUUCCAACCUACCUCACCUCGCCAAGAGCUUGCUUUCUGGACAACAAUCACCACACCGUUCGUCCAUCGUCCACGCGGGCUGACAUUUCCACGAUCGACAAACGAGGUCAAUCGCAUCGUCGUCGAAGCAAUGUCGCAACCCUAUGGCGAGUCUGCUGGCUACUACGGUGGCCAGCAGCAACAACAGCAGCCUCCCUACGAUCCAAAGUAUACUCAGCAGUACAACAAUGGAUACCAGCAAGACUACAAUCAACAACAAAACUACCAGCAGGGCGGUUACCAGCAGGGCUACGCCCCUCCGCCGCCUCCUCAGCAGGGCUUCGAUAAUGGGAGCAACGGCUACGGAUACAAUGCGCCGCCCCAGGGCUACGAUCCCGAGAAGUACACCUUUGAGGAGGCUUUCAAGAUUGAGAAGCCCAAGUGGAACGAUCUUUGGGCUGCCAUUCUGUUCCUCGCCGUCUUCCUUGGCUUCGCUGCCGUCUCAGGCCUGACGAUAUCCGGAUACUCUGCGACGAAGGGUCUCAAUGGUGGUGGAAUCUAUGACGGAGGUAACACCUUCGGCCUCAGCACGAACACAAUCGUCCUCUUCGCCUUCGUUCUCGCGGUCGCAAUCGUCCUAAGCUAUGCGUACGUCUGGAUGGCCCGCUUGUUCCCCAAGGCCUUCAUCUGGGUGACGGGCAUCCUUAACAUCGUCUUCGCCCUCGUCACCGCAAUCUACAUGCUCUCGCGCAAGUACUACUCGGGCGGCAUCGUCUUCCUGAUCUUUGGCGUCUUCCUCGUCUUCGCCUUCAUCAGCUGGAUCCCUCGCAUCCCCUUCUCCGCCCUGAUGCUCAAGACCUCGAUCCAGGUCUCCAAGAAGUACGGCCACGUCUACCUCGUCUCCUUCCUCGGCGGCAUGCUUGGCGCUGCUUUUGCGGCUUGGUACUCCGUCACCCUUGUCGCGACCUACUCCAAAUAUCAGCCGUCGCAGAACAACCCGCAGUGCAGAAGUGGCCAGUGCAGCCAAGGCAAGGUUAUUGGGCUGAUUGUCUUCAUUACCUUUGCCAUGUACUGGAUCUCCGAGGUGCUCAAGAACGUGAUCCACGUCACCAUUUCAGGCGUCUACGGCUCGUGGUACUUCUGCGUCAACAACUUUCCCAAGGGCGCGACUCGCGGCGCGCUCAAGCGCUCUCUGACCUACAGCUUUGGCUCCAUCAGCUUCGGUAGCUUGAUCGUCGCCAUUAUCAACCUCCUCCGCCACCUGUGUUCCGUCGCCCAACAGCAGUCAGCCGCGGACGGCAACAUUGUUUCGUACGUGCUCUUCUGCAUCUUGAGCUGCCUCAUCUCUCUGCUCGACUGGGCCGUGUCAUUCCUCAACCGAUAUGCCUUCUCGCACAUUGCCCUUUACGGCAAGGCCUACAUCCCCGCGGCCAAGGAUACCUGGAAGAUGAUUAAGGAUCGCGGCAUCGACGCACUUGUCAACGAAUGCCUCAUCGGCCCCGUUCUCUCCUUCGGCGCCACGUUCAUCGGCUAUGCUUGUGCGUUCCUUGCCUACCUAUACAUGGUCUUCACCAACCCCGCCUACAACCAGAGCGGCAACUACACCCCUGUGGUCGUCGCCUUCUCCUUCCUCAUCGGCCUGCAGAUCGCCAACGUCUUCACGACGCCCAUCUCGAGUGGUAUCGAUACCAUUUUCGUGGCCUCUGCAUGGGACCCUCAGGUCCUCAUGCGCGAUCACCCUCAACUGUACGACGAGAUGGUUCGCGUGUACCCUCAGGUCCAGCAGGCUAUCCACGCCUAAUGUGGAGCAUAAUUGUGUAGGAGUGUGAGUCAGUGGAGAGAGUCUUAGAGGAGACGCUGGAAGACUGGAUACCCCAAGAGAAGUGCAAUCCGUCCACUUGGACGACGAACUUCGUACUAAUGAAGAAAUGGCAUUUUAUCAAUACGUCUUUAUGUUUGAGUCACUUGCGCGUGCCUGACCAUCUUCUUGUUCGCUGUUGACUGAAGCAGAAGUCUGACUCACCAACCUACAGGCUACCGACGCCAUCAGCCAGCCGAUAUACAAAAAGGAAGCCACGACACGAUCCAACAAAAGAUAAUGUCCCUAGCAAGGCUCGAACUUGCGACCUUUGGAUAUCCCUAGAUGAUCUAGAGUCAUAUGUAUUUGAUAUGAGACCAACGCUCUACCGACUGAGCCAUAGAGACAGUUGUUCAUGUCUGUGACCGACGGAUGGGUACCCAAGGACCCUCAGGGUGCCGGAGGCAGUGAAAAGAAGGGGUUGCGGAACCCAGAUGAGCAAAAGAUAUUGACCAGCCUGGGGGUCGAACCCAGAAUCUCCUGAUUACACGAAUCUCUCAACUCUCGAUUAGAGGGAUGAAGGGGAAUCGUAGUCAGACGCCUUGCCAUUGGGCCAACCGGCCUUGGAAGAAGAUUCAAGUGGAACUGCUUGAUGAGAGGCGUCGCCAGAUUGGAGUUCAUGAAGGAGAAGAGACGGGUUUGCGGGGCUACUGCGAGAAAGGAUUAGUCGUGGAGAUCAUGAAAAAUUCUGCAAAGAGUUUUUCUCGGGCUUGGAUGCAGAUUUUUUUCACGAUGGGGGCCGGCCGGUGUUGCGGUGGAUGGUGGAGACGGGGUGGCCGGGUCGGUGACGAGCGGAUCGGGGCGGGGGCCGGUGGUCUGAGGUGUGGACGGCGAGUGUUGGUGGGGAACGCGGGGUCGGAAUGGCGUCCGGAAGAGAAUGACAGCGGGGUGCUAUCUAUUACGGCAAACAUUUCAUAAGGUAGAAGGCAUGGGGGGCCUUUGGGCCUGGCUUCUCUUUCAAGCAGUGCCCAGUAACGCAUCAACGUUGGGUCACAGCGGCGGUCCAUAAGCACAACACUCUCCAAGUUCAGGUAAGCAGUUCGAUCGAGUCCAGAAGUUCAUUCAAUUUGGUUGCCACUACUAAAGCACACAUAGCGCGUCCAUCUUCACCAAUUUUCAUCCAAUUCCUGCACUCCAUCCGUCUCUGCUCCCUCGAGCUCGCCUAUCCUCGACUGUCACUCAGCCAGAAUCUCAGCACCUCCAAUCCAAGCGCCAUUUCACGCUCACGCGUUCGGGAUCGUACCACGCAACGCUGGCUGCUAUCCCCCUCUCCCUCCCCGGGAGGGCAUUGUACAUCUCCUGAUGCAACAUUCACGCGUCACCGACGCGGGUCUCAGCAACUUACCAGUCACUGUUGGCCAUCUUGAUGUCUUCAGAUGUCUCUCCCACUUGGGUGUUCUCAACGGAGAACGUUCGGUGAGGGGCAAUUCUCAAUUGCUCGAGCCUGCGAAUGAGUAAUUCUAUUUCUUCUGAAAUGUAAUUAACAUCCACCCCUUCGUCCGAUUCCAUCGGCGGCGCAUCAGUCAUGAUUACAUCCUCAUCAUGCCGUCCAUUCGACUGGUCGGCAUCACGUCGCUCGACGUUCACCACGAAGUUCACACGCUCUUCGUUGCCGACUGCGGUCACCGUCGCCCCUUUCCAACAAAAUCAGCCAACGCGCCCGCUCUAAAACACGCCCACGGCACGAAUGCCCGAACUUACUGUACCUUGAGCCCCCAGCGUCAUUUGUCUCAAUCACCAUCCAGACACCGCGAUCGCGGCGAACAAGGGACCAGUCGCUCUCCCGCGCGAUCUCUGCGGGACGCGACUCCGCGACCUCGGCCACGAUGCGAGCGACCUGGCGCUCCAGCGCCUCUAGGUCCAAGGUUACGUGAGAAGGAUUCAUCGUGUCUUACCUGACGCGUCUCUUCCUACGCGUUCUCUAUUCAAACGAAGCGUGUCCCAGACACUGCUCGAACUCCAAGCUCGCGCGAAGCAAAACGAGAAAGAAAAAAGGAAACGCUGAAAAGGAAGGCACCGCUGCCUCGUUCUCCCCCGGACGAUGGAAGGAAAGGAGAAUGAUGAAAGGAAGAAAAAGAAAGAGGGAGGGAAGGAAAGGAAAGGCUGCAAGCAAGCCAAUUUAUCCUUUCAGACGCGACGAGGACCUUCCAACCGCGUCGUGCCAACAGGGAUUGUGUCCAGACAAACUGUGGAUAGCCUACUGCCUAUUACGACUCUGCUUACCACCCUCCAGAAAGCAACUGCCAAUACGUAUCUCCUCUCGGCAGGCAUCGGCUGAAGUGAUAAGAUGCAACAGUCUCCCAACGUCGGAGGAUCGUUGUUCCCUUCUGAUGACUUAGCAAUGCAGCCAAGGUGAUUUGCAUGGUUGUGAUUGGAUAGAGAGCUUCAGGCUUGGGUUUGCUGCAGUUGGUUACACAGGAGAGGUGUAUCGGGAUGGACGACCGGGUUCUCGUAUAUCAACACCAUCAAUGCCAUCAUUCAUACGUGUAAGAUACUUCGAUACUUAGCAUAGACCAUGUCGGUCCCGCCCAACAGCCCCUCAUGACUAAGUACGGACGUUAAAUACAUUAUCAUCAUUGUCAUCACUCACUAUCGCUGAGCUCUCACCGCC